AUGGCUCUCAAGGGGGUGACACGCACUUUCUACUCGGCCGUUGGCUCCACGCAGACAUUGUGGCAACCAAGUUCUUCCUACUAUCCGUUAAGUGGAUUUGGCGCUUUGCUACUCUCAUCAGCCGGAGUAAUCGUCUCAGCAAUCAUUUUGCUGGUAUCGAACGGGGACGACAUCAACAGCUGGAGAUUCCAACCUACCGUCUAUCUCUCCAUAGCGUCUACCGUAACCAAUAUCACUGUGGUGUACGCCUUGUUCGAGGGACUUACUAUUACAUGGUGGCACCAGGCGUUGAAGGAUGGCACAACCAUCGGCGACCUCCAUCGCAUCUGGGCGUUCGGCAACAGCAUCCUGGCAGCAGUCUUCUCCGGACGUAACAUCAACAUGGUGGCAAUAGCAAGCAUGUUCGUUGCCCUAUGCCCCAUCAACGGCCCUCUUCUCCAGCGUGCCUCAACAUUGGGCAAUGCGACAAUCCCAAGUCAACAGCCACUCAACAUCCCCGUGAAGCAACUCGUACCUAGAGGAUACACAGGUAUCAUUAGCGGGCGGGGCGAUCAGGUCAGCAUGUUGACGAGCAAUUUUUCAACCACCGCGAGGGCAUACUAUGCGAGAUCCCCAAUCACUUACGACACUGACUGCAAAGGCAGCUGUAGGACGAAGGUGCUAGGGGCAGGAUUUCAUGUUAGUUGCUCGUCAUCCGAGUAUCCGUAUAAUGUGUCUGGUAACUUGGCCAGCAGCCCGACAAUAUUUGGCGCUUGGGUUGAUUUUGAUGUAAGCGACAACCCGGUUUCAUUCAACCUGAAUGUUCAGACAAAACCCGAGGCUGGCUGUACUGGAAAUCUGGCUGUGACCAACUGUACCCUCACUGCCGGAACGGUGGAUUAUCCGAUAGCGAUAGAUGGGGACGCUGGUACGGUCAGCCUGGAACCCGGUACUACAAUCUGGGACGACACGGUGGUGGGAGAUCUGGAUGCCCUGAGCGCCGAAACGCAUCAAACUGCUGUCAGCACGUAUGGAGGGAUCUUCCUCGCCCUUUCCAACCAAUACUCCACAGACUUACAACUUCAUUUUGGAGGGGCGAUUGGGUGGGAGUUUUAUGGCGCACAGAGCGAGUCAUCCGUCGCCUACGCUCGUGGUGUAGGAGAUUAUCCAAGCUGCGAUGUACAUUUCACAGAUCCUCUUCCCGAUUUCCUACAAGGAAGUCGUGAGCUGAUGUUCCGAACGGCAAUCGCCGCAGCGAACAGCAGCGACAUGCAAUCUGUCGUCGCCGAUGCGUCCGGAUUUCACACAGUGUACCAAACCAGCUAUCUAUUCCUAGCCCUAGCAACUCUAGCAUCCGCCCUGGCAAUCCUUUCAGUGCUGCUAACCUUCAACGGCUUUUGGAGAAUAGGGAGAAAGGUAUCGCUGAGUCCAAUUGAAACGGGGAAGGCAUUCAAUGCAUCGAUGUUGAGAGAGGGUGAUUCCAGCGCGCCAGCAAAAAUACUGCUAGCACAAGUUGGCGGGAAGGCCGUCAAGUACGGCCUCGUCAAAGACCCUGAAGGGAUUGAGUCUGUGCCUGCAGCGACUAAAGGUCACCAUGAAAACUCUCACGGGAAUACAAGUUCGAACAACGUCCUGACGACCUCUUCCAGCUUUCGUGAUAUGCCUAGUAGCGAUAUAGAGCUGACAAACAUUGGUGGUUAUCAUACGAAUACUGUUGCGCAUCUGGAGCUCGCCGACCCCAAGCGUGUUGUCCCAUUGUAG